GUUACCUUCUCUCGUUCUUUCAUCGGUCAAAUAAAAGACGUAUGUAAAUUUGUGGCUAAGGUUGCGGCACCACCAUUCUGAUCUGCUGACCCAAGCAUUCUUUUGUGCUAACUUUAGCCGAGCAGAUGCCGAAAAUACGCACACCGACGCCCACGCUCCUAGGUCUAUAGGAUGAACUCCACCCAGCUACUGUUUCCGCUGCGGGAGGGAACACAACAGGUGUUGUAGGUGCCUCGUACUCGCAGUUCUAUCAUUAUUUUUGUCAUCAUUCUGGCAAGGCGGUGGUCGCAGAACGCUAGCUAGACGAAAGGGCGCAGGGACUCACUAUAAUUAAAAGUCGGCACGCUAUCUGUAUGGAUAACAUCGUGAUAGACGUGCCUUUGGAAGAUGGUUGAGCGGUAGACAUGGCCAAUAGCGAGCCCAAAGGAGUCCGAGUGUUGGAUGAAGGUGAUCUUGCGAACGCGGCACAUGGCGCUGGAGCAGCAGCCAAUCUAGCCAGUUCGGAAGAGAUUGAUGCACUGUUAGAUCUCUUAGAUCCUGAUGGCCUUAAAGAUCCCGAGCCGACCCUUGCCCAAGAGCGGGAUGUGCGCUUUAACAGGUCGACUCUGCAAGAAGAUCGCGUCAUGAUCACCCAGGUAGCAGCGGAAAGCAAGAAUACAGUCAGAAACACCCGGUGGGGCGUGAACGGAUUUGAAACCUGGCGCGCAGCCGCAGAGAAUCAGGACCGCAAGAUUCCCUCCCUGUAUCAAGCGACAAAAGCUGAACUCGACUAUCACCUGCCAAAAUUUAUCAAUGAAGCUCGGCGACGGGACGGUGCUCCUUAUCCGGCAAACACGCUUUACCAAGUAAUGUGCUCCAUUCAGAGAGAGCUUAGAUCCAGUAGAGCUGACUGUGCGCUUGUGUGCUUUGUCGACUUCAAGCAGCCGUGCAGAGACUUCCCGCGGACAGUUGCGGCUCUGGAGGCGAAAAUGAAGUCGUUGACCCAGGAGGGAUACGGCGACUCUACCCGUCCAGCAGAUGUCCUGACGAUUGAAGAUGAAAGAAGGCUUUGGGAGAAGGGUAUCUUCUCUGCUGAGAGCGCAGGGUCACUCUUGCACACGGUCUUCUACUAUGUCGGCAAACUCUUUGGGCUGGGCCUGCACGAGCAAGAGCAUCUUAUGCUUAGCCAAGUGAUGUUUGGCUGUGACUGCCGUGGAAGGUUUGUAAGUUUGGAUGGCGGUAAAAACAAGGUCCGCCAGGGUGCUCUGGAGCAGCAUAGCGCUGCCUUCGAAUCCGUCCAGCACUAUGACGGCACUGAAGGUGUCGACGUUCAUUUCCUGCACGGUGAGCAGCAGAAGACGGCCACAGUGCCUGUCUUGGGCCUUGUCCACCUGGUUAGCAUGUAUUGUAAUCACAUAGCACAGUUUGCCGCCGAGACAGGUGACACACGCUUCUAUCACAGGCCGCUUGUGAGCAGUGGCAAAGGCUUGCCUUGGUUUAGCAAGCUAUCGGCCGGGCACCACGCUCUGGCAAAGAUAGUGCCCGAGAUUACUAGAGCCGGCGGGUUGCACGGGAACUUCACAUCGGAUACUCCGAAAGCCAGCUGCCCCGUCCAUUUGCUCGCAAAGGACCCGGACGGACAGCCAAUAACAGAAGAAGCAGGGCCGCAGUCGGUCAAUGCUGUGCACGAGCGGGCUGCCGAAGAGCUGAUGAAACUAGAUUCCAACACCCUAGAGCCUGCGGCUAAGCGGUCGAUGAUGAUGAUCACCGGUGACAAUGCCAGUGUUCCCACCGUGAUGCCAGGCAAGCCGUAUUUCCCUGACAUUGACAUAUCUAGUGGCUUUCCACUGCCAAUGGCAGUGUCUAGCAGAACGUGAUUGUCAUUUGACUCUGUUGGAUUGCUACUUGUACUGUCACUGUAUGUUGCAUAACAGUAUAAUCCAACCUUGAGUGGGUACUUGCAAAACAUCCCAGCCUGUUUUAUUUCCCAUGGUAUAACAACGAGAAAAGCAAAGACAAUUAAUAGUACAAUUAACUCGAAAAACAAGCACCACGCGAAAUAUCUAUUGAAUAUACUGGGCGUAAGCGGCACUACUCGAAGUAGUUUGUGUGCAGACAACAGUUAUUGCUCUAGUGCUAGUUGCAACCGCAUUCCUUCUUUCCUUUUACGUUUUUUAACACUUCAGCGUUCGUCCCCGUUUAAUAUAGUGUCAAAUCCUUUG